AUGGACUUUACACUUUAAAAAAUUGGAGAAAAUGGAGGAGUUAUUAUUGCUUCUAUUAUAAGAGGUUGUAAGAAUCUUCAAAUAUUAAAUCUUUUUGGAUUCGCAUGUAAUCUAAGGGAUGAAGGAUUAUCAAGAAUAGCUACUGCUUUGUCAAAGUGCCAAAAACUUACAAAGCUUGUGAUAUCUUUUUUUUGUGAUGAAAUCGGCGAUGAAGGGUUAGAAAAUUUAGGAUCUGCAUUAGUAAAAUGCUAAAGCUUGUAAGAAUUGAGUCUUGAAAUUUGUGAUGAUAAUUAUUUUAGUGACGAUGGUUUAUCUAAAUUAGGCUCUAAUUUAGCUAAAUCUGUUAAUUUAUAAGUAUUGAAAAUCAAUACUCAUGAUAGAAAUCCAACUUAUAUUAAGCCUACCUCUAAAGGUUAUUACGAUUUAUGUGCUCAUUUAUCGAAUUUAAAGUAUCUCAAAGAAUUUUUUCUGGGUUUCUGCUGGGAAACUAAUGGUGCAUGCUUACCUUAAGUUGGAUUAGCUCUAAAAACUUGUUAAAACCUAAUCAAAUUAUUUCUAGUAGUACAUUUUAAAGUAAGCGAUAAAGACACUGAAGAGUUUGCUUUUCACAUAUAAAAUUAUAGAAAUCUCAUCUAAUUUGAUAUUUUAAUAAAUCUACAUAAGAAAACUAAGAAGAAGUUAAAAAGAAAAAUCUUUAAAAUGCCAAGAAUAGUUUGCUUUUCUAUUAAAGAUGAAGAUUUUGUAGAUUUAGUAGUUGAAGAAAAUUUAAGUUAUUUAUCUAUCGAUUGUUUGGAGAAAAAAAUUAGUAUUCAAUAGUAUGACAGUCAAAAAUUAAACGAUUCCAAUGAAACUAAUCAAAUAAAUGAAAAUAAAUAUAGCAACAAUUAGAAGGUUGGUGAUUUUAAUACUGAAAACUAAUAAACUGAUAAGUAACAAGAAGAAAAUUCAAAUUAAAGUUACUUAGAAGACUUUCAUCAAUAAAGUGAAAGUCUAUCAAUUUCAAGCUCAAUCUUACAAUAUCUUGAAGAUAAUUUUAGUUAUGAAGAUAAUGAUUAAGAUGAAAAAGAUAUUCAAAAAGAGUAUGAUCACAAUACUGAUAAAUAUGAUAACAAUUCUCAUUUUACUAUGUAAGAUGGCUCUAACUAAGAAUAUUAAGAAUAAGAAUCAUAAAAUAAUGAUGACAAUAACGGUGAUGAUGAUGAUCAAUCCAAAUAAGCAUAGUGA